GAGGGCUCCAGAAGAGUGGCAAAUGUCUGGAUAAACCUGAUAAUACGUAUGUGAGUGAAAUGGUUUGUCUAUAUUUGCAAUUACUGAUCAUUUCUUGUUAUGACUAAGCGGGGCGCCACAUGCACGAAUCCUCCUUACGUCACUACGCUACUUUAUUAAUAAAUCCAAUUGAAAUGAACAGGCCUUCGUCCAUUGGAGACCAGCUGAUUUGAGUUGACAAUAAAAUGUUCCGGUCUCCUCAGCCCGUUCUGGCUGGAAAAGUGUUCAAAAUCAGUGUAGUUCUUGCCAAAAACCACUAAAAAUUAGUAAAAAACCGCUGGUAAUAAUGGAAAAUGAACAAUGGUCCUCAAAAUGCCAACAAUCUGUGGGUACAACUGUAGAAAGGACAGAUAGUUUAAACAAUGGCAAUGUAGAAAUUCCCAUGGAUAGUAGUGAAAGCAUUGAAAAUGCCGGUAACAACGACCCAAACACUGUUAAUGGAACAGAGGCACAAAAUCAGGAAAAUAGUCCUCUUAUAAUUACAAUUAGUGAAAAUUCAAAACAAAAAAUUCAAGGAAUCUUGGAACAAAUUAAAACACUCAGUCCGCUUGAGAAAUAUGUAUUAAACUUAAAGUUUCCUUCUGAAAUUACAAAUGUUGUGGAUCCAUUUCGACAACCUCUGAAUCCACUGGGUAGCAGAUCAGAAAUAUACCGUACUAUAUCUUGGAUUAAAACACAUUUGGAAGAGGAUCCUGAUACAUCUUUGCCAAAACAAGAAGUGUACGAUGAAUAUCAUCGAUUCUGUGAUGAAAAUAAAUUUAAGCCGCUGUCUCAAGCUGAUUUUGGCAAAGCCAUGAAGCAAGUGUAUCCAAAUGUUAGAGCCAGGAGAUUAGGUACUAGAGGAAAGUCAAGGUACUGUUACUCUGGUUUACGAAGAUGUAUGAAGCUGAAACCACCAGUUUUGCCAGAUUUGUCAGACAAACCAAUGUCAACAGAGGCGCCGUUUACCCAUUCAAGCUAUCAAUCCGCUUGGCAAAUAGUAAAGGAGUGGGCCAAACAACAGCUGAGUCGGGAAUUUAAAUCUUUGCACAAUUUGGCACUAUAUUUACUUCUUAACUUUUCCAUCUGUGAAGGGACAGAAUUUGCCUAUAAACUUACUCAGGCGGACUCUCAGAUUAAAGAAGAGACCAACGGGAAAGUUGAUAACAAACACCGUGAAAUGCAGAUGCAACUUCAAAGGAAAAUUCAGCAAAAGAAUGAGUUUAAUAAAGAGAGGAAAAGAAAAAAUCAGUCACCAAAAUCGGACCAGCAGCAACAGCGGCCGUCGGGCGGCAAGAAGGCGCGGGCCCAGAGCGCGCCCAACGUGACGCCCGACACGACGACCACGACAUCACUAUCAUCAAUGUUGGCUGUGACGGCGGCGGACCGCGGAGGCGCGGGGUCGGGACCGGCACCGGCGGACGGUGGGGGCGUGCCGUCCUCGCUCAGUCCGCCCGCCCUGUCGCCCUCCGUCGCGCCGGGCAAACCAGUCUGUGAUAAAUCGCUACUAGAUUAUACUCAAAGAGCAUCGUUACCUGAAUUCAAUAGUUUCCAGAGGCCGGGCGGUGGCACAGCGGAACACAAACAGUCGCCGGUCGGCCUCGGCCACCACAUGCCGGACGGGAACGGUGGGCUGGCCUUGAUCGGGAAGGUUCCGAUUGCAAAGCUGCAGCAACAGCCGGUGGCGACGGGCGGCCGAAAGCAGUCGUCGGUAGGCGCGGCUACCGGCGGCUGUGCCAAGAAUCCAAAGUACAAAGCCAUCCAGCCCAAAAUCGAACUAUGUGAUAUUACAUCGUACAACCGCCAGCUGGUGGUGGGUGCGGGCGCCGCGACCUCAGUCGCGUCCCGCCCCCCGCCCACUGACGACCAUAACAGAUCUCAAAGGGGAAAGGCGGAAGAAGGCGACGGCGUGAUUGCCGAUAGGUUUAAGGAGCGUGCCGGCAGCCGGCCGGCCGAAGCUGCGGUAGACGAAGACGACGGGGACGGUGAGGAUCUGCCACUUCCGCGCGAGCGCCUCAACAGCAUCAGCAAUAUAGAGAAGGGCGAGAUGGACGACUAUUUAGGUACAAAUAACAGUCAACACGACGAGGAGCUGUCUAAAUAUUUUAGCAACAACAACACACAGAACGAAUCGACUGACGACACAAAACUGUCUCACUUGCGACACAUUCUGCAGAACGGCAUAAUAGACAACAAGAGCGGUAUUAUGGACAAAAUCGACCUGAUUCAGGACGACAAGUUCAUCAACCAGGUGCAGCUGCCCCUUCACCAGAAUCCGUCGACGGUUUACGUUAACCAAGUGCCACAGACAUUACCGACUGCCAUCGGUCAGGCGCGACGUAGGGUGAGUUUUGACACAAGGCCUCACGAGGAAGCAGUACCACCAAGUCCCAAUACUCGCCGGAAGCUCUUCAGUUUCAUGCCAAUUUCUCCGGGUCCCCAAAGUCCCAACGGGUUGCAGUCGAAAUGUUCUAGCACUAAUGCAAGUCCAUUCGUUAGCCCGCGAAACACUCCGGUUCCGCGUACUAAAAACAAUGCACAUCAGAACGCAGGUCUCAGUCUGUCCGGUAAACCGAUCAAAAUUAAAAAGGAACUUACUCUGGAGUUACCAGAUAACAGAGAUAAUUUUAAUCAACUUUACGGCAAGGAUUGCAUGCCAAUGUCAGCUCCUCCCAGUCCCAUGUUAUUGCCAGGCUUGUUAACAAAGGGCACCUACAAACCUAAUUAUCUUAAAACUCAAAGCUUAAACCUCCAGCCGGAUAUUUCAAAUGAAGUUAGUCUCUUGCUUACAAAUCAAAUUUCAAACGAUUUAUCUGAAAUGUCCUAUAGAUCCCAAUCAGUCCCAAUUAAUCAGAUGAUGUCACUCAAAUCCAGUUUUCCUUUGGACAGUCAGUUCAUUGCCCAGAUGCCGAAACAGAAUGACUUCAAUGAAGUCAACACCAUACAAGAGUCAGAUUCUCAAGUUAAGCAAAUAAUAGAAGGUUUCGACGACACCCAGUGCGACAACAAUAAUUUAAUCUUAUGCAACAUAGAAAUGUCCGUUAACAAUCCGACUCUGCCGGAGUUCGGCUUGAAUAUCGUAAACAACAACUUGGAUCUGCAGGACUAUCCGACUUUCAACAACCAGUUGCAAAAUCCAUGCCCCCGUAACAUAGUUCGGUCGCAAAGCAUCGACAUGAUCAGUUUCCAACCGAAAUGCAAUCCAUCUCGUUCAGUUCCCAACACCCCAUUACCAUUCAAUCAAGUUCUCAAGCCGGAGCAAAUGAGUUCCAGCUCCCGAUCUUAUCCUUCGACGCCCCUGAACACCGAAACCGACACCUUCAGUUAUAACAUCAACAAUGGGGAUUGCUUAUUGAACGGACAGCCUAUUAGAACGGAUGAGCUUCCUCACGAUCUACAUUUUAUUCAAAAUUAUGAAAUUAACGGCGAUAACAAUUUAGAAGCACCGGAAUUUGCUGUGCAGAAUGAAAAUUCGCUCGUCGAUGACAACUGCGUGUUGAUCGAGCAAAGCUACAAUAACAUUAACUAGCCAGGGCAGUUUAAAUUGUGACAAUACCAUAUUUUAAGUCGGCUUCAUAAUUAUUCUGGCUGCAUUGUGUGCUUGUUUGAAAGUUAUCUUCAAAUAAGGUUCUUAUAUGUUGGAUAUACAUUGACAAUAUCCAUUUGCGUAAUUUUAUCGACACAUGACCUCAUAAUUAAAUAUAAUAUACUCAUAACAAUUGAAUCAGUACUUUUUGUAUUCAGCAUCUUAGUUUUCAAUAAUUUAUGUGUUUCUAAUUUAAAUAUAAAAUAUUACGUACAAGUUACAUAUAAUAAGGGUUAUUAAUGUUAUUAAUAAUGUGUAUUGUUAAAUUUUUGCUAGUGUCGUUUCACGUUUCAUUUAAUUCAGGUAGACAAUAUCUGGCUUUAUAUUGUCUCAAUGAGGAGUUGUCAUUAUUUACUCGUAUCUCAUGCCUCUUGAAAUAUUGGGAAACAAAUUAAAAAUUUGUUUCUUGGGUUGAAGAAAGGAGGUACUAGAAAUUGGUAAUAAAUGACAAGUCGUCAAUGGGAAAUGAUUCUUACUUGGUAUUUAGUAUGUGCCUGUUUAUGAAAUAAUUAAGUAAGGGAAUAUUCAUAUUUCUUAUAUUGUUAUUAAGAAAAGUCAUAAUAUCUCUCAAUCUCAAUGAUCUCAUUCAUAUAAUUCGAUAAUAUUGUAUUUCCUCACACCUUGAAAUGUAUUUGUGAACCGUAUAUACCUGUUACUUUUGCAUUGUCAUAUUUGAUCAGUUUGAAAUAGUUUACAAAAAUGUAAGGUAAUGGAUUUAAGAAUAUACAUAGUUCUUAAGUAUGUGAAUAUUUAUUCCUUAUUUAUUGCCAUAUUUGAUCAGUUUGAAAGAGUUCAUAACUGUCCAAAAAUGUCAGCAAGUAAGGAAUAAAAAAUAUUAACAUUUCCUGAGUACGUGUGUAUUUGAUUAGUUUGAAAUAGUAUACACCUGAUCAAUAAUGUCAGGAUGAGAUAAACAGACACGGUUCUUAAAUCUGCGUGAGUAUGAGGAAAUAAAAUAAAUACAAGAGACUACAUCAAUUUUAAGUAUUUUUUCUUAAUUCUUUAUCUUGGAGAGUACUUCAGAAUUGUGCAGUUAUUUCAUAUUUACAGUUACACUGGAUUAUGCCUGUAGGUAUGAAAUAAUAGUUCAUGAUUCUGAAGUAUGUAGUUUUUAGAAAGCCGGUAUUUUUAACAUUGGUAUAAAUAAAGUAAACAAAUAAUUACACAAAAAAAUUUUCAGGCAAGCUCCAUGCAGUCAUGUAACAAAUGGCAACUAGUUUAAAAAUAUGCUGUAUAUACUACAUUUGAAUUAUUUAAAAGAAAAUAUUUAAAAAUGCCUAUUUAUCAACAAAUCCAAACUUAAAUAUCAAAAUAGAAUUAAGUAUUGUCAAAUGUUGGUUUCGAAAUGUUACUUAAUCAAAUAAAAUGUUUUUUAUCUCAAUUAUUAUGAUGGCGGGUACUAAAAAGAUUGAAAUAUGGUGUUGAUAUAAUUUAGUGUUAGUAACUUAUGAUUGAAUUAAGUGAUUUUAAAAUUGUUUUAAUGGUAAUUUUAUUUUAAACAAUAGGUAGGUUUUACAAAUUUUAAAAUUUCAAAUUUUUACAAAAUAUCUGUGAUAAAAAAUAUUUGAUAAAGAGAGGCACUAGAGCUUUUGUUUAAUAUUUAUGAUAAAUUUAAUAUUUUUGAUUAAAAAUUUAUGAAAAAUGUUAUAUGUUUGAAUGAGUGUGAUCCCAGGAUAAGUAACAAAUUUUCUGUGUUAUUUUCUAAUCAAAAUUCUGCAAAAUUUUAUUUACCAUUGCAAAAGUUGUAUUUUGGUCGUGAUAGAUUUAUAUUUUAUAUUUAAUUAAAAAAAAUAAUCAUCAGAUAAAAUCUAUGUUAUUUAUAAGUUCCCAAAACCUGCAAAUUGUUUUUUAUCGUUGUCACCAGAAUUUGUGUUGUGCAUUUUUAAUAGAGUAACUUACAUUGUAAAAAAUUCAAAGUACCAUUUGGCAUCUCUUUAUAAUUACAGAGAUAUGCAAACAAUAACAUGUUAACUGUAUUUUUAAAUUCCGAUUCCAACUAUAUAAUCUAGUAAAAGGACUUUGAAAUGUAUUUUAAACUAUUACUCUAUUAUUGAGAAGUUGUACAUAGCUAUUUUUUUAAUUAGCUCUACAAAAUUUUGACUGUCAAAAAGUGAUGAAUUUGAAGUUAUCAGUUUUAACAUUUUGAUCAUUGUAUUUUGUUUCUUACAAUUUUUGCAAAAAUGUUAUUUGCGCGCUUUAUAAAUCAUUGUAUGUGGUAACUUCAAAUCUGUGGAGCUCGUGCACUGAUCAUUGAGGGUUGAUGAUUACCCUAUGCCUAUUAACCUGUGCCUAGCUUUUUACACCAUAGCUUUUAGAAUAAAAAACAACGUGUAAAUUGAUUUACUAACCCAUCUUUCUUUUCUGCUUCUCAAAUUACUUUUCGCUUUGGAUAUUCAUUUAUGAAUACUUCAGUAAUUCAUUUCCUUGCUAUCACAAAUAAGCCAUACAACAAUAAUAGUAGGGUUUAUUUCUUGUGCUUCCAACUUGUUUGUUUUAAACUAAAUUUCAUGGUACGUUAAUUGGCCUGCUAGUAGCAACAUCAUCCUGAACAAGGUAUUCAAUAAAUCAAAACUUCCGCUACUGAAGUAUUCAUAAAUCGUUUUAGAGAACAGUGGCAGCUAUAGUGAUAUCUGUAGUAGCUGCUUAAAAAUUAUAUGCAUCACAUUUAUCGCUUACUCUUAAUACGAUCGUGUUAGAUACACAUUUUUGUCAUGUUGCUGUUUUCCAUCUAAUUUUGUCUUGCCAAGUUAUGGAACUCAUGUUUAUAGUUAAACAGCAAUAUGGCUCACUGAAACAAUUUUAUUUCUAUUGAUCUCUUUAUUUUAACAAUUUAAAUGUUCUUAAAGUCAGUAGGGCAAAACGCUUUGUCAUGAUUAAAAUAAUUUUUGACUUUGCAUUGGAUCUAUCAAAUUUUGUGUUCACACCAUAGGGUCAGAUAGAUCAUAUGUAAAUUAUUUCAAACUGACUGUAUAUAAAUUACUGACAAAAAGUCUGAAUAUUGGUAAGCUCAUUUUUAAGAAAGAGGAAAGUUUGGUCGUAAUAAACGGUAGUAUUUUUGCACUGUUAAAACAUGUAAGAACGAGCUGUUAUUUUAUGAAGUACAAAUUUAUUUUAAAGGUGAAUUGAACAGAUUGUAGCUUAGUUUGGAUGUUUUGGUGUAUACUAUUUGUAUCCAUAUAAGAAUAAAUAUAUUCGUACCUCUUGUUUAA